AAGUUCGUCACGAAUCAGACUCUGAGAUUGGUGGAUCGUCGGGAGCCACGCCAUACGUCACUGUAGAGCCCGCGGAUUGGCGGAAGAGCCAUUUCCCAUCUCUCCGUCUACUGUUAGCAAGUUGUAGGAGACACUCCGGUUGUUAAGGCGACUUGUCCCGCCUUCUGGGGGCUUUUUCUUGGGCUUUUGAUUGGCCACUGGUAUCAAGGAAUCCCGGCGUGGGUAGCGCGAGGGAAAAGAUGGCGGCUAUGGCGGUCGGGGGUGCUGGGGGGAGCCGCGUGUCCAGCGGAAGGGACCUGAAUUGUGUCCCCGAAAUAGCUGAUACAUUGGGGGCUGUGGCCAAACAGGGGUGAGAACCUGGAGCUCCGCGUGGGUCCGAACUCGAGGACCGAGAGGGGCAGACUAGUUAUUCCUGAGAGGCACAAGUUUGAUUUCCUCUGCAUGCCUGUCUUCCACCCGCGUUUCAAGAGGGAGUUCACUCAGGAACCUGCUAAGAAUCGGCCUGGUCCCCAGACACGAUCUGACCUACUGCUGUCAGGAAGGGACUGGAAUACACUAAUUGUCGGGAAGCUGUCUCCAUGGAUCCGUCCAGACUCAAAAGUGGAGAAGAUCCGCAGGAACUCAGAGGCGGCCAUGUUACAGGAGCUGAAUUUCGGCGCAUAUCUGGGUCUUCCAGCUUUCCUGCUACCCCUCAAUCAGGAGGAUAACACUAACCUGGCCAGAGUUUUGACCAAUCACAUCCACACUGGCCACCACUCCUCUAUGUUCUGGAUGCGGGUACCGUUGGUGGCACCAGAGGACCUGCGGGAUGAUAUAAUUGAGAAUGCACCUACUACACACACAGAGGAGUACAGUGGGGAGGAGAAGACAUGGAUGUGGUGGCACAACUUCCGGACUUUGUGUGAUUAUAGCAAGAGGAUUGCAGUGGCUCUUGAAAUUGGGGCUGACCUCCCAUCUAAUCAUGUCAUUGAUCGUUGGCUUGGGGAACCUAUCAAAGCAGCCAUUCUCCCCACCAGCAUUUUCUUGACCAAUAAGAAAGGAUUUCCUGUUCUUUCUAAGAUGCAUCAGAGGCUCAUCUUUCGGCUCCUCAAGCUGGAAGUGCAGUUCAUCAUUACAGGUACCAACCACCACUCAGAGAAGGAGUUUUGCUCCUACCUGCAGUACCUGGAAUACUUGAGCCAGAACCGCCCUCCACCCAAUGCCUAUGAACUCUUUGCCAAGGGCUAUGAAGACUAUCUUCAGUCCCCACUCCAGCCACUGAUGGACAAUCUGGAAUCUCAGACGUAUGAAGUAUUUGAAAAAGACCCCAUCAAAUACUCUCAGUACCAGCAGGCCAUCUAUAAAUGUCUGCUGGACCGAGUGCCAGAAGAAGAGAAGGCUACCAACAUCCAGGUGCUGAUGGUGCUGGGAGCAGGCCGGGGUCCCCUGGUGAAUGCUUCCCUUCGGGCAGCCAAGCAGGCUGACCGGCGGAUAAAGCUGUAUGCUGUGGAGAAAAAUCCAAAUGCUGUGGUGACGCUAGAGAACUGGCAGUUUGAAGAAUGGGGAAGCCAGGUGACAGUAGUCUCUUCAGACAUGCGGGAAUGGGUGGCUCCAGAGAAAGCAGACAUCAUUGUCAGUGAGCUUCUGGGUUCCUUCGCUGACAAUGAACUGUCACCUGAGUGCCUAGAUGGAGCCCAGCACUUCUUAAAAGAUGAUGGUGUGAGCAUCCCUGGGGAGUACACCUCCUUCCUGGCUCCCAUCUCCUCCUCCAAGCUGUACAAUGAGGUCCGAGCCUGUCGGGAAAAGGACCGAGACCCCGAGGCCCAGUUUGAGAUGCCCUAUGUGGUGCGGCUGCACAAUUUCCACCAGCUGUCGGCCCCCCAGCCCUGUUUUACCUUUAGCCAUCCCAACAGAGAUCCUAUGAUUGACAACAACCGCUAUCGCACCUUGGACUUUCCCGUGGCUGUGAACACAGUGCUGCAUGGCUUUGCAGGCUACUUUGAGACUGUGCUUUAUCAGGACAUCACUCUGAGUAUUCGUCCAGAGACUCACUCUCCUGGGAUGUUCUCAUGGUUUCCCAUCCUCUUCCCCAUUAAGCAACCUAUUACGGUGCGUGAAGGCCAGACUAUCUGUGUGCGUUUCUGGCGAUGCAGCAAUUCUAAGAAGGUGUGGUAUGAGUGGGCUGUGACCGCACCAGUCUGUUCUGCCAUUCACAAUCCCACAGGCCGCUCGUACACCAUUGGCCUCUAGCCCUGCCUAUGAGUGUCCACAGCCUUGGGAACAGCUUCCAGUCUGCUCCUCCGCCACAGAAGGUGCAGUACAUCACUGGGCUGUGACUCCCUCGCCCAUCAGAGAGGAGUAUUUCAGUCUGCUUUUCUGCCUUACAUCAAAGUGGGCAAAGGGCCCAAGCUACCAAUCUGUGAAGACGUCAGGCCAGGGGUUGAAGAAUUACUGCUGGGUCUGAAGCCACAUCAACUAGGCACUCAGCCUCAGGAACUACCUGGAGUAAUCCUGAGAACCUUUUCAUCGAAUACAUUUUCGGUCGUUUCCUUACCCAUCUCUGUUCCCUUUUUGAUGGUUCUGUGUAGGAGGAAAUACAAAUAAAGUCAAGUUGUGGCCUUUCCUGCUCCAGCUCUGCUACCCCCUGA